UCUGAAUAGACGACGGACGCGCACGGCCAAGGACACCUGUGCUGACAUUUGGACAGGCAGGAUGGUGUUUUCUCGACGCAACCCCAAUAACCCGGGAAGCUUCAUCAUCAAGAUUUAGCCUGUAUUAAUCCCCAGGCCUUCUGUGCUUGCUUUUCCGUUUCCCGCCACCUUCAAUGUUUCUCUAAUCUGUUGUCGUUUUUUUUCUUCCCCUGAAUUGCUCCCGGCUCAAGCACGAUCUCCCCUACCGUUCUGACGAUCCGGAAAACGGUCCUCUCUCCUUCCCGGUCGAAGGGGAUAGCGGCGACGCACCCAUCUCUCGACAAUCACUCAUCCUCCCUUGGAUGAAGCUCGCGAUGCGUCGAGCUUCUACCUUUGCGCUUCUUGCGCUUUCAUGGAGCGCCGCCGUCAGUGCGGCCUCCAGCGCCGGUGAUUACUUUGUGCGAUCACUCCCCGGCGCGCCUCCAGGGCCAUUAGUAAAAAUGCAUGCCGGUCACAUCGAGGUCUCCCCCGAAAAGAACGGCAACCUUUUUUUCUGGCACUUUCAAAACAAACACAUCGCCAAUAGGCAAAGGACGGUAAUUUGGCUCAAUGGAGGCCCAGGUUGCAGUUCCGAAGAUGGCGCUCUGAUGGAGGUCGGCCCCUACCGCCUCAAAGACGACCACACACUGGUACCUAACGAGGGAUCGUGGCACGAGUUUGCGAACCUCAUGUUCGUCGACAACCCCGUUGGUACUGGCUUCAGCUACGUCAACACUGAUAGUUACGUGACCGAGUUGGAUGAAAUGGCCGACCAGUUCGUCAUCUUUCUGGAGAAGUUCUUUGAGCUGUUUCCAGAAUACUCACAAGACGACAUCUACAUCGCUGGCGAAUCUUUCGCCGGCCAGCACAUCCCAUACAUCGCCAAACACAUACUCGACCGCAACAAGAACUCCAUGACCAAGAUUAAAUGGAACCUAAAAGGUCUCCUCAUUGGCAAUGGAUGGAUCGCACCAAACGAGCAGUACAGAGCGUAUCUGGACUUUUCAUACUCAAAAGGGCUCCUUGACAAGAACUCGGAAACGGCGAAAACACUCGAGGCGCAGCACAAAGACUGCGCAAAGGAGUGGGAAGACAAUGGUCCCAAGGUUGAUGUUGCGAAAUGCGAGAGCGUUCUGCAAACCCUACUCAAACUCAGCUCCAAAGUCGAGGCUGAUGGCAAGAGGCACUGUGUCAACAUGUAUGAUGUCCGCCUGCGGGACACUUACCCGAGCUGUGGAAUGAACUGGCCCCCGGAUUUGGUCAACGUGACCCCUUACCUCAGGAGGAAGGACGUCGUCGAGGCUCUACAUGUCAACCCGAAUAAGGCCACCGGUUGGACGGAGUGCACAGGUGCUGUCGGACAGAGCUUCAAGGCGCAGAAAUCAAAGCCUUCGAUCGACUUGCUGCCAAAGAUCCUGGAGGAGGUGCCCAUUCUGCUCUUCUCCGGUGCUGAGGAUCUGAUUUGCAACCAUAUCGGAACCGAAGCGUUCAUCGGAAAAAUGACAUGGAACGGCGGCAAGGGUUUCGAGGUCACCCCUGGGACGUGGGCACCGCGACGCGACUGGACUUUUGAGGGCAAGGAUGCAGGCUUCUGGCAAGAGGCGCGAAACCUGACCUACGUACUGUUCAAGGACUCCUCUCACAUGGUGCCCUUUGACUUCCCCCGGCGCUCGCGCGACAUGCUGGACCGCUUCAUGGGCGUCGACAUCAGUAGCAUUGGCGGAAACCCCACCGACAGUCGACUCGACGGCGAGAAGCUUCCCGAGACAACGGUCGGCGGAGCGGCCGGCAACUCAACGUCUAAGCAGGAGGAGGAGAAGAAGAAGCUGGACGAGGCCAAGUGGUAUGCCUACCGGAAGUCGGGAGAGGUCGUCCUUGUCAUUGUUGCUGUAGCAGCCGUGGCCUGGGGAUGGUACGUCUGGCGUGACCGCCGCCGCAGACGGGGCUACCAGGGCAUCUUUGGAGGUUCGCCAAGCGAGUCCACAACGCGUCUCCCUGGACUUGGCUCGCGGAUCAGCUCGACUCCAUCCGGCCUGGAGGGUUUCAGGUCCAAGCGUCAAAACGGUCGGGACGUGGAGGCGGGCGACUUUGACGAGAGCGAACUCGAUGAUCUGCACACGCAGACGCCGACCGACGCAAGGUACAGCGUCGGAGCCGACAGCGACGAUGAGGAAGAUGCCAGCGGCUCGCGCAAGGAAGGUGGGCCCAGUGGCGGUAGGGGCCGAUGAGCAAGAGUUGUGAAAGAGGUGGAAUGUUGUACAUGUCCGGUUCCCAACCAAACCGGUUUUAUCGAGCCGCUCAAGACCUUUACGGACCAUAUCUUUCCGAAUACCUCAGCGUAGCGAGCCUUGUUUCCCUACUAUGAAGCUGCGAAAGGUGGCAUCAGGUGAACAGCACCACUACCAGCAGACGAGCUGCAAUGUGAUAACACACGCUGCACAUUGUACAGUUUCUUUAACGGAGUAUGGGCAGGUAACUAAGCAACAUGAGCCUUCAACUCCAGGCGUUUAAGGGAUUAGCGGAUUUUUUUCUAUAUAAAUAUUGUACGAUUCCCUUGUCAUGGUUACAGCGAGUCUCUGUUUUUGUCCUUGUGCACGUCUAUGCCCGUUUUGAACUGCCUUGCUAUAUCUGCGGUCUUUGUUAUAAUAGAAACAAAUGAUGAUUUGCGAGGCAACAUGAAUGUACUUAUGUCACCCUGGCCGUUGCAGUGACCAGACAUUAUAAAGCUGUGAGGAGCCGCACCUGCCAGCUAUUCAAGGAGCUAGGAAAUUUGACAAUAGAUGAUGGUUUCAUCGCUAAUAGACAGCCGUGCCUACGCCCUCCAUCGUCGGACUGUUAUCAAAUCAGAGUUGAAAUUUUGCCCCUGUAUUGCUAGACAUAUGCAAUAUUGCCAAGGGCUCACAACAAAAAUCUAUUCAGUACCACUCGUUUCUGG